AUGGUCUAUUCAAAAAACCUGCAGGAAACAAAUCCAUCCAUCCCUACGAAACCGCUUCCCGAAGGCAAGGUGUAUAAUAUGGCAGAUUUGAUGCCUUCCACUCCGUUGUCAGCUUUACCGCAAGACCCCAUGACAGCGCGACAUAAAGGCAAAGAAAAAGAAAUCCCGUUUGAAUCAAUCAGGUACCAGCCAUUGAUGGCCAAUCAUCGCCAACACAACCACCAUGAAACCCCCAACUAUACAGAAAUGAAUCCUGAUAACCGGUUCGAAGCGCUUCAUCCUACAUCGACUGUACCGGUUCACUCCUUUGCAUACGCUCUGUAUUUCUACAGAAGGGUCGUGCCAAAUAAUGGGCUACCAUCACCAGGUGGCGAAAUUUUUGCAAUGAGUGCACAAUUUCCCACUAUGGAGCCACACGUUCCCAUGCAGACAAUGGUAGCCAACCCACCAAUAGCUUCCACCUCGGCGGCACCACUAGACAGUCACUUCGAUCCAUCCACUGCCCUCCCAUACGAAUUUUUAGCAAAUUAUAUUGAAAGCAUCUUCUUUAACUACCACGGAUUUUACGAGUACUAUGUUAAUCGACCGAAUUCACUUCUACUCCCGGCGGUUCCUAUUCCCAUGCCUAACAUGUCUAACAAAGCAAACCGCGCCAUGGAAAGCUCCACGGUGCAAAUUAAUCAACCAUUGGCUCCAGAACACCAAAUCAUUGAAGAACCAUCCAUAGUCCACACAACAAAUACAAGCCCGCAGUUAUCCGUGACAAGAUCGACUGCUGCAAGUCAGUCUCAUGACAAUUUAAGGGCGGUUACACAGGCCCAUUCAACGACCAAAGCUAUCACCACCCUUCAUGGCCAUUAUGACAUAAAAGAAGAAGCUGAACUUCAGCAAUCACCCAGUUUUCCAAUGAGAGCACCUGAACUUUCUCGCAGCCAGUCCAUUGGAAUGGACGAUCUGUCGCCGCACUAUGAUCAAGAAAUGAGUGGCGACGACGACUCCAACGAUUAUGCUGACACCGAAGACCUUCUGGUACCGGACGCUUCUAUUACUGAGCUGAACGUCGGCUUGGACCUCACUCCAAUUGAACAGGGAGUCCGUUUCCCUGGUGAUCAAUAUACACCCGUAUGGGUGAGGUUUCAAGGCAGACGCAGACAAGGACGAUGCGAACAAUGUGUCCACCUCAACCGAAAGAUCCUCUGGUUCAAGCUUAGAACUAGCCAGUACUUAUACCAUAAACUAAACGCCCACGGUAUCAUUCAUGCUACAGGCAGACCGUUCAACAAACCCAUCGACGUUCGUAUGAAUGUCGACGGUACCCGCGAAGGAUGGUGCCAUGUCUGUAAUACAUACCAGAUGGCUUACACUCCUCGUGGCCGGCCGCCCAUGUCACGCUGGGCCCCUUGGUACAGACAUGUGUACACGGUAAUGUAG